AUGCCCCAGCUGCACCGGCGGAGCGGGUUCGGGGCGGAGCUGGGCCUGGCCUCCGAGGGCAGCGACAGCAGCCAGGACCCGGGGGCGUCUCCGCGGGGCGACCGCGCCCUGGCGCUGCACGAGGACGCCGAGAUGCUGGGCAGCGGGUCCAGCGGGAGCGGCACCGAGUCGCACGGCAACGACUCCCACGGCGACGGGUCGCUCGGCAACGGGUCGCUCGGCAACGAGUCGCUCGCCAGCUCCAACGACAACGGCAAGGACUCCGCCCUGCUGGAGUCCUCCGGGAGCAACAAGAGCUCAGACUCCCACAGCCCCUCCCUCCCCAGCUCCAACCCCUUCAGCCUCCUGAGCUCCGAGCAGGACAACCCCUCCACCAGCGGCUGCAGCAGUGAGCAGUCGGCCAAGGCCAAGACCCAGAAGGAGCUGCUGAAGACGCUGAAGGAGCUGAAGCUGCACCUGCCGGCGGAGAAGAGGAGCAAGAACAAGUCCGGCACGCUGAACACGCUGAAGUACGCCCUGCGCUGCGUCACGCAGGUCAAAGCCAAUGAAGAGUACUACCAGAUGCUGAUGAACAAGGACAGCCAGCCGCCAGGGCUUGACGUCUCCUCCUACACCAUCCAGGAGAUCGACGGCAUCACCUCCGAGUACACCUUCAAGAACACGGACACCUUUGCGGUGGCCGUGUCCCUGACCACGGGGAAGAUCGUCUACAUCUCGGACCAGGCCGCCUCCAUCCUCGGCUGCAAACGCGACGUCUUCAAGAACGCAAAGUUCGUAGAGUUCCUGGCGCCACAAGACGUCAGCGUCUUCUACAGCUUCACCACCCUCUACCGCCUGCCCUCCUGGAGAAUGUGCACGGGAGCUGAGUCCUCUCCAUCCGAAUGCAUGCAAGAGAAAUCAUUCUUUUGUCGCAUCAGCGGGGGGUGGGAGCGCCGGGGCGUCCUGCAGUUCCUCCCGUUCCGCAUGACGCCGUACCUGAUGAAGGUGCAGGACGCGGAGGUCGCCGAGGACCAGUUCUGCUGCCUGCUGCUGGCCGAGAGGGUGCACUCUGGAUACGAAGCUCCCAGAAUCCCCACAGACAAGCGCAUCUUCACCACCACGCACACGCCCAACUGCGUGUUCCAGGAUGUGGAUGAGAGGGCUGUUCCUCUGCUGGGGUACCUGCCCCAGGACCUGAUCGGCACGCCCAUGUUGCUGCACUUGCAUCCCAGCGACCGGCCCAUCAUGCUGGCCGUCCACAAGAAGAUCCUGCAGUACAUGGGCCAGCAGUUUGACCACUCCUCCAUCCGCUUCUGCGCCCGCAACGGCGAGUUCGUCACCAUCGACACCAGCUGGUCCAGCUUCAUCAACCCCUGGAGCCGCAAGGUCUCCUUCGUCAUCGGCCGACACAAAGUCCGCAUGGGCCCUGUGAAUGAGGACGUGUUUGCAGCCCCUGCGUUCACCGGGGGAAAGAUCAUGGACUCUGACAUCCUGGAGAUCACAGAGCAGAUCCACAAGCUCCUGCUGCAGCCGGUCCACAGUAUCGGGUCCAGUGGUUAUGGCAGCCUGGGCAGCAAUGGGUCUCACGAGCAGCUGAUGAGCGCCCCUUCGUCCAGCGAAAGCAACAGCAACGGGAACAGCAACGCCAACGACGAGGCACGCACGGCCAAGCCGAGAACAUUCCAGGAGAUCUGUAAAGGCGUCCACAUGCUGAAGAACCAGAACCAGCAGGUCUGCAUGCCCCCUGCGGCCCGGCCAGAGCCCAGGAAGGCCUCGGACACAGGGCUGCAGCAGAGGAGCCAGGCGUUGCGGCUCAGAGAGGCUGGGCGGGAGGACGAGGGCAGUGUGGAGGACAGGAGCACGGCGCAGGAGAAGCUGGACUACUCCUACCAGCAGAUCAGCUGCCUGGACAGCGUCAUCAGGUACCUGGAGAGCUGCAACAUCCCCGUCACCGUGAAGAGGAAGUGUCAGUCGUCCUCCAACACCGCCUCCUCCAACUCUGACGAGGACAAGCAGAAAGAGGGCGAGAACGGCAUGCAGAAGUCACAAGGUAUUUCCACAAGCCCCCUCCUCUCAGAGAGCCUCUCUGACCUGCCCUCCAUGAAGGCCCAGAAGAAGGCCGCUGUGGUUGGCGGCUCCCUGGCGGCCCUCACGCUGCCCAGCAAGGCGGAGAGCGUGGUGUCCGUCACCAGCCAGUGCAGCUACAGCAGCACCAUCGUCCACGUGGGGGACAAGAAGCCCCAGCCUGAGUCAGAGAUGAUCGAGGACGCAGCAGAGAGCCUGGCUCCCGCUGGUCCGCCCCUGAGCGUCGUGGCCCCGCCCAGCCAGGAGAAGGAGGCCUAUAAGAAGCUGGGUCUGACCAAGCAGGUGCUGGCCGCCCACACGCAGAAGGAGGAGCAGGCCUUCCUCAGCCGCUGCCGGCAGCAGAGAGACGCGCAGGCCUUCCAGGCCGACUGCUCCCUGUACCUGGGCCAACACCGCCGCCUACCUGCUGCUCACGCUCUGCCGGCCGCGCGGGGGCCCAGACCGGAUCCCACGGGCAGGAGGGGCGGCCGCAACAAGAAGGCCAAGAAGGCGCGCGUGAAGAACCACGAGUCCUCGGACAGCACCGCCUCGCACCGCACCCCGCCCCAGCGACCGCCCCUGCAGGGCCUCAACCAGACGUCCUGGUCCCCCUCCGACACCUCCCAGUCCACCUUCCCCAUCCCGUACCCGGCGGUCCUGCCCGCCUACCCGCUGCCCGUGUACCCGGGCUCCGGGCCCCCCCGGGGGGCCGACGCGCAGGCGGGGCCGCCGGCGCCCUACUCCGCCCCGCUGGUCGCGCCCAUGGUGGCCUUCGUCCUGCCCAACUACGUGUUCCCCCAGCUGGGGGGCGCCCCGCGGCAGCCCUUCUACCCCGAGCCGGCCUCCUUCGCCCCGCCGACCGCCUUCCCCGCCCCGCCCUCGUACCCCGCCCCGCCCCUGUUCGCCCCCCCGGCCCUGCCUCUCUACGCGGCCCCGGCCCCCGCGUUCCCCGGGCCCCUGGGCGAGACGCGGGAGGGCCCCUCGCGCUGCUCCACGCCGCUGUCGGGCGUGGCCCGGGACCCGGCCUCGCCCCCGCUCUUCGAGUCCCGCUGCAGCUCCCCCCUGCAGCUCAACCUGCUGCAGCUGGAGGAGGCGCCCCGCCCCGCCGAGAGGCAGGACGGCACGGCGCCCCCCGCUGGAGCCCCCGGGAACUGCCCCGGAGAGAAGGGCGCCGCCGCCGGCUCCGCCAAACCCGGCCAAGAGCUCCAGCAGCUGGGCUCCCUGGGCGAGGGUCUGCACAGCGACGCUCACUCCUCCUCCAGUGAGCUGCUGGACCUCCUGCUGCAGGAGGACUCCCACUCCGGGACCGGGUCCGCCACCUCCGGCUCCCUGGGCUCCACCUCCCACGGCUGCAGCACCUCCGCCAGCGGCGUGGGUCAGUCCCAUGCGCCGCUCUGCCAUACCACCCUACCAUACCACUCUGCCUCUCACCCCUCAGGGAGCUGCCAAACCAGCAACACCAGCAAGUACUUCGGCAGCAUCGACUCUUCGGAGAACAACCACAAGGCCAAGGCGCACGCGGAGGCCACGGUGGAGGAGAGCGAGCGCUUGGAGUUCGUGCUGCAGGAGCCCGUCUGGCUGCUGAUGGCCGACGCAGACGAGUCUGUGAUGAUGACCUACCAGCUGCCCUCACGGGACGUGCAGGAGGUGCUGAAGGAGGAUCGGGAGAGGCUGAGGCACAUGCAGAAGAGCCAGCCGCACUUCAGCGAGGACCAGAAGAAGGAGCUGUGCGAGGUGCACCCCUGGAUGAGGAGGGGGGGCCUCCCCAAAGUCCUCGACCUCAAGGAGUGCGUGUGUUGCAAGGACGACCCCUCGGCUGUGCUGAAGGAGGACCUGGCGGAGAUGGAGCUGGGGGCCCUGGGGGACCCGGGCGAGGACCGCUCCCUCCAGAAAGAAAGCAAGGAGCUCCUGUCGGGGGACGGGGGUCCCAGCCUGGCCCCCGUCCUGUAG